AUGCAAGAUGAUACUAGGUUCAAACACCAUGCAAAAUGUGCUAAACUGAACCUUACAAAUUUGAUGUUUGCUGAUGAUGUGUUGCUCCUAUCUAGAGGUGAUCUUACUUCUGUGGACCUUCUGUUAGCAGCUCUCUAUAAAUUUCUGAAGUCCACAGGUAUGCAGGUGAACAAAUCUAAAAGCAACAUGUACUUUGGUGCAGUCAGCCCUGAGAUGAAAGACAUGUUGCUUAGGUUAGCUGGCUUCAAAGAAGAAUCUUUGCCCUUUAAAUACCUUGGUGUGCCUAUCACUUGUAAGAAGCUUUCCAUUCACCAUUACAUGGGGCUGAUUGAUAAGAUUGUUCAACGAACGCGCUCUUGGACGGCUAAACUCUUAACAUAUGCUGGGAGAUUGCAAUUAAUCAAGAGUAUAUCCUUUGCUCUUGCUAACUAUUUGAUGAUGUGUUUUCCACUCCCUAAAGCUGUUAUUAGCAAGAUUGACGCCAUUUGUAGGUCCUUCCUUUGGACUGGUAAAGACACAAUUAGUAGGAAGAGCCUUAUUGCAUGGUCGACGAUAUGUAAACCACUAAAAUAUGGAGGUCUGGGGAUAAUUAAGCUAAAGACUUGGAAUGCCUGUACUAUGCUUAAGCUUCUUUGGAAUAUUUGCAAUAAACCGGAGAGCUUAUGGGUGAAAUGGGUGCAUUCGUAUUUUCUGAAAAACCGUAACAUCUUUGAGAUGCAGCCAAACACUACUACCUCUUGGAUCAUGAAGGACAUCUUAAAUGUGCGGGAUUUGGUUAACACACAUCAAACCAUGUGGAAUGAUAUGUGUCUAAAAGAGAAGUUUUAA